AAACAGGGGACCUGAGCAACAGGCACCGUAUUUUCCUCAGUGUGUGGAGACGUUUGUCCAGGCUGGGACAGGAGAGACUUGGAGGCCCCUGCAAGAUUCAGCCCAGGGGCCUGAUCUUCCUGCACCUUCACAGAGAGGAGCAUGGCAAUGCUCCUGCAGCUGCUGCUGGGCCUCAGUCUGGGCUGUGUGGGAGUAGGUGGCUUUGUGGCUCAUGUGGAGAGCACCUGCCUGCUGGAUGAUAGUGGAACGCCAAAGGAUUUCACAUACUGUGUUGCCUUCAACAAAGAUCUGCUGGCCUGCUGGGAUCCAGAGUCAGGACAAAUAGUCCCCAUUGAAUUUGGGGUGCUGUAUAAUUUGGCUGUAUUCAUUUCAAAAAGCCUGAACACAAACGAGGCCCUGAUCCGGCGCUUGGGCAAAGGGCUUCAGGACUGUGCCAUGCACACCCAGCCCUUCUGGGAUGCACUGACCCACAGAACGAGACCGCCGUCUGUCCAAGUAGCCCGAACUGCUCCUAUUAACACGAAGGAGCCUGUGAUGUUGGCCUGCUAUGUCUGGGGCUUCUACCCGGCGGAUGUGACCGUCACGUGGAUGAAGAACGGGAAUCUUGUCAUACCACACAACAUCAAAGAGAGUACUGCCCAGACCAAUGGGGACUGGACAUACCAGACUGUCUCCUACCUAGCCUUGACCCCCUCUUAUGGGGACAUCUACACCUGUGUGGUACAGCACAGUGCGACCUCCGAGCCGGUCCGUCAGGACUGGACAAUCGGGCUGUCCCCCAUCCAGACGGUGAAGGUGUCUGUGUCUGCUGUCACCCUGGGUCUGGGCUUCAUCAUCUUCUGUUUUGGCUUUUUCAGUUGGCGGAAGGCUCGCCUCUCCAGCUACAUUCCUCUCCCUGGAUCUACUUACCCAGAAGGACGGCAUUAGAGGCAGAAUCCUACAGAGGAUGUCUCCGUGGCCCCUAACAUCUUCCGGACACCCCAGUUUCUUCUGUCAUAGUUUCCUCCGUUCCCCUUCCCCAUGUAAAUAUUAACAGCUUGGGUUGUUCAUAGUGAAGUCAUCAUCCCCGGCUGUUCUCUGAGGCAAACGGAUCUGAGGAAGAGUUCGAGGCCCUCUGGAAGAGGGGGUCCAAGAAGAGGGGACCCAAGGUCCUCAGGAAGAGGGGACCCAAGGCCCUCCGGAAGAGGGGGCCCAAGAAGAGGGGGCCCAAGAAGAGGGGGCCCAAGGCCCUCCGGAAGAGGGGGUUCAAGGCCUUCUCGAAGGCCCACCCCAUCACAGAGGGCAGUAUGUUGUAAGCAACCACGCCUAAGAAAUAAACUGGUAGAAUUAC